AUGGCGGACAAACAAGUCGAGUCUCUCUCAGGUCGAAUCGUAGGAGGGGUUUGGUGGUUUUUCACCCUCAUCAUAAUCUCCUCCUAUACAGCCAACCUGGCAGCUUUCCUCACUGUGGAGAGAAUGGUCUCCCCCAUAGAGAGUGCAGAGGACCUGGCCAAGCAGACAGAGAUCGCCUACGGUACCCUGGACGGAGGCUCCACCAAAGAGUUCUUCAGGCGAUCAAAGAUAGCAGUUUUUGAGAAGAUGUGGUCGUACAUGCGGAGCGCAGACCCUUCAGUGUUUGUCAAGAAUACUAAUGAGGGCGUGAGUAGAGUCAGAAAGUCUAAGGGAAAGUACGCCUACCUGCUGGAAUCCUCCAUGAAUGAGUACAUUGAGCAGAGGAAACCCUGCGACACCAUGAAAGUAGGAGGCAACCUGGACUCUAAAGGCUACGGAGUGGCCACACCCAAAGGAUCGGCCCUCAGAAACCCUGUUAACUUGGCAGUGUUAAAACUGAACGAGCAGGGCCUGUUGGACAAAUUGAAAAACAGAUGGUGGUAUGACAAGGGAGAGUGCGGCACCGGGGGAGGGGACUCCAAGGACAAGACAAGCGCUCUCAGUCUGAGCAACGUGGCGGGAGUGUUUUACAUCCUGAUUGGCGGGCUGGGGCUGGCCAUGCUCGUGGCUCUGGUCGAGUUCUGCUACAAGUCUCGGAUUGAGUCGCGAAGAAUGAAGGAGCUUAUUGAUGCCGCCAUGAUGAGCACCAGCCUUGGCGGGGUGGCGGGCGUAGGAGGAGGGGGAGGCGUGGCGGCGGGUGGUUAUGGAGGAGGAGGAGGAGGAGGAGGAGGAGGAGGAGGAGGAGCAUCAGGUCUUGGAGGCGAGAACGGCCGCGUGGUGACGCACGAUUUCCCGAAAUCCGGAGCUCAAGGUUUACCCUGCAUGAGCAAAGCUGGCGGCCUGGGACUGUCCUCCACAGGCAUGUGA